UGAAAUUCAAAUAUCCUCGGACCAAAUGUGCAGACGAGCGGUCGGGCCUAUUUGGGGCUUUCUAAAGUUAUAAUUAAAACCGUUGGGACGAUGCGCAUCAUGGGCCUUUAUUUACAUCUAAAAUCUCAUUUUUAGAGUGAUCUGAGUUUUUUGGGGUCUGGGUUUUGUGUUCUAUCAGACCGCAUAUCGUCGGAUUCGCGGCCGUUGCCGAGGGAGAUUGUUAUGACAUUCUCUUUGUCUCGCGCUGCACAAACCCAAGACCGCAUUUCGUGCUGAAACUGAGGGAUCGUUGCAAAACGAGCUAUUUUCAGCGUCCUGCUUCGUUCUUGUUCUUACCGACCAGAUUAAGGCACUAAAAAUGUCGUUGCACGGUAAAAGAAAAGAGAUCUACAAAUACGAGGCGCCAUGGACCGUCUAUGCCAUGAAUUGGAGCGUCAGACCCGACAAGCGCUUUCGCUUGGCGCUCGGUAGCUUCGUCGAGGAAUAUAACAACAAGGUCCAACUGGUGGGUCUUGAGGAGGAGAGCUCAGAGUUUGUAUGCAGGAACACAUUCGAUCAUCCGUAUCCCACUACAAAGAUCAUGUGGAUUCCUGACACCAAGGGAGUCUAUCCAGACCUCCUGGCCACCAGUGGAGAUUACCUGCGGAUAUGGAGGGUGAAUGACACAGAGACCCGGCUGGAAUGCCUUUUGAAUAACAACAAGAAUUCCGAUUUCUGCGCACCUCUGACCUCUUUUGACUGGAAUGAAGUGGACCCUAAUCUUCUGGGCACCUCCAGCAUUGAUACCACCUGCACAAUCUGGGGUCUAGAGACGGGACAGGUUUUGGGAAGGGUCAACCUUGUGUCAGGCCACGUCAAAACGCAGUUAAUCGCUCAUGACAAGGAGGUCUAUGACAUUGCUUUCAGCCGCGCAGGUGGUGGGCGGGAUAUGUUUGCAUCUGUAGGAGCAGAUGGUUCUGUGCGCAUGUUUGAUCUGCGCCAUCUGGAGCACAGCACCAUCAUCUAUGAGGACCCUCAGCAUCACCCGCUGCUGCGCCUCUGCUGGAACAAACAGGACCCCAACUACCUGGCCACCAUGGCCAUGGAUGGCAUGGAGGUUGUGAUUCUGGAUGUGCGUGUGCCGUGCACACCGGUGGCUCGUCUCAAUAAUCACCGUGCCUGUGUAAACGGCAUUGCAUGGGCUCCUCACUCCUCCUGCCACAUAUGUACAGCAGUAGCGGACGAUCACCAGGCUCUGAUCUGGGACAUUCAGCAGAUGCCUCGGGCCAUCGAAGACCCCAUCCUGGCCUACACGGCUGAAGGUGAGAUCAACAACGUGCAGUGGGCUUCCACUCAGCCCGACUGGAUCGCCAUCUGCUACAACAACUGUCUGGAGAUCCUGCGGGUGUAAAGCAGCACUGUGCUUCCCGUGUGCCGGGUUCAAGGUCGUUUGCUGGAGUCUUGAAGAGGAGGGGAACGGAGAAGAGACUUGUUUUGUAAAGUUUCUGGGGUCCGGUAGUUUCAAGUGGGAGAGGAUCUUAAUGGGCCUUUGGGAACAACGGUCUGAACAGCGUGUGUAAAUCUUUUGUGUGGAAGAAUGAGGCGCCUGUAUUUCUACACAAUAUUUCAUUUUGGUCUGUUUCCCUACUUGAUGCCCCAUGGUAAAUCCUCAUAAUGGGAUGGUAACCAGAUUAUUCUAUGGCCAUUUGUGUAGGGAUUGAUAGUACUGUUUAUGUAUUUGAGCUAUUCUUUAACAAACAAUCGGGAUUGAAUAGAUGUAUACAUUUGCAAAGAGAGAUGUGAUGCGAAUCAACCUUUUUACUAGGUUGUACAUAUUUCAGAAUUUAAUAGCUUAAAGGCUUCAGAUCAUAAAAUUGACAUUUUUUUGUAAUUUCAGGAAGGUGCCAUUCUUUUAUAUCGCAAGAAACUAUUUAAAGUGGCUAUUUUUGGGUGAACUGUUAAACAUCCUUAAUAUUAUGCAGGUUAAUAUGACAGCGUAUACUCUGCAAAACCUUCACAAAUGCUCCUUCAGAUGCCGACUCAAGAGUUUAGUUGUAGUGUUGAUGUCAGUGUUUGACAGGACACUAUAUUUGAAGAUAUAUCACUGCUCAUCGAUUGUGAGAAGAGCCUCUCCUCCUUUUUCUCUUGUUAUUUUUUUGAAAAUGUCAGAUCCCUUUCAGCAUGCUUGUGCUCGAAGUGAAAUGUGUUAUGUAUACAUAUAUAAACAUUAUGUACCAGGUAGGACAAAUGUGUCUCCUUUUCAGACUUAUUUGCAUUGCAAGCAAUUUGGUUUCUCCAUGUUCCGUUAUAAAAUAUGACGUAGUAGUAAUUCCACUAUUUUAGUCACAAUUGAAAUCAGAAGUGAAUUUGCGCGGUUGUGUAUAAAACAUGUUCCUCAUCUCGCGCUCUUUAAUGGAGUGAUUAUUUGUAAGUAGUUCUGUGUGUCCUGCCAUGUUGCUUUUCUAUUAAUAAAAUCUUAAGCUCC